UUGGCGGAGCGUCUGUGCGGGCCCGGGAGCGGCGGCAGCGGCCGGAGGCCGGGGAGGCGGCAUUGGCGGAGCUGGGAGGCGGCCCCGGCGCAGGAUUUGUCAUUGUCAGGGCGUGGCUGGAUGGAGGAGGAGGAAGAGCCCCAGAGAUCCUGCCCGGGGAGUGGCUGCAAACCCAGCCCAGGGAGCUGCGGGGAGGAAAGAGCCCCCCUGAGCCAGGAAGGCGGCCGGAGAUCCAGCCGGAGCUCGAAGCUGGUGGAGAAGGCUCAUGGCAGGGAGAAGCCACACAAGUGCUUGGAAUGUGGGCAGGGCUUCAGCUGGAGCUCCAGCCUGAUCCAGCACAAGAGGAUCCACACUGGGGAACAGCCCUACGAGUGUGGGGAGUGUGGGAAGGGCUUCAGCUGGAGCUCCAGUCUGAUCCACCACCAGAGGAUCCACACUGGGGAACGGCCCUACGAGUGUGGGGAGUGUGGGAAGAGCUUCAGCUGGAGCUCCAGUCUGAUCCAGCACCAGAGGAUCCACACUGGGGAACGGCCCUACGAGUGUGGGGAGUGUGGGAAGAGCUUCAGCUGCAGCUCCAAGCUGAUCCAGCACCAGAGGAUCCACACUGGGGAACGGCCCUACGAGUGUGGGGAGUGUGGGAAGAGCUUCAGAGAGAGCUCUGCGCUGCUCCGGCACCAGGUGGUCCACACUGGGGAAUGGCCCUACAGCUGCUUGGAAUGUGGGAAGGGUUUCAGCCGGAGCUCUGAGUUGAUCCGGCACCAGGUGAUCCACACUGGGGAGAGGCCCUACGAGUGUGGGGAGUGUGGGAAGAGCUUUUGGCGGAGCUCAGACCUGAGAAAACACAAGCGCAUCCACACAGGGGAGAGGCCCUACGAGUGUCCCCAGUGCGGGAAGAGGUUUCAGACCAGCUCCGAUCUCCUCGUACAUGAGCGGAUUCACACAGAGGAGAGGCCCUUCCGCUGCCCCGACUGCGGGAAGGGCUUCAAGCAAAACUCCCACCUCACCGUGCACCGGCGCAUCCACACCGGGGAGAGGCCCUACGAGUGUGGGGAGUGUGGGAAGAGCUUCUCCAGGAGCUCAACAUUGAUGGAACACCAACAAAGGUGCCACUAAGGGAAGCCCUGUGAGUGCCCCAUGUGAGGGAAGAGAGUGAUGGAAGAGCUUUGUGUGCUGCUCCAGCUCCAUCCCCCAUGGGAGUCUCCGGGCUGGAUGAUCCCCGGUGCCCCCUGUUUGGUGGAGCCCUGGUGAGCUCCGUUGGGUGGGGGGAAGGUGUUGGUUUCUUCUUCUUGUGCUGCUGUGAUUUGGGGGAGGUU